UUUUCUUUUUAAGUCAGCUUGCUGACGUCACUGCAUUGUAAACACCAGUGUUUCCGUAUUCUCUUCCAUCCACAUAAUCUACCUUUCUUUAUCUAACGUUGGCUGAGAACAGUAACACGAUGAGUAGUGAAACAUACCCCAGGUCUUCUAUUGAAGACGACUUCAACUAUGGCACGAAUGUUGCUACAGCAAGUGUCCAGAUACGUAUGGACUUCCUCAGGAAGGUGUACACCCUGCUCAGCCUGCAGAUCAUUCUGACCACAGCCACCUCGGCCCUCUUCAUGUUCUCUCAACCCAUCAAGGAGUUUGUCCACGCCAGUCCUGCUGUGGUUUUGGUUUCGGCUCUGGGCUCUCUGGUUCUCCUGCUGGCCCUGGCCGUGUACAGACACCAGCAUCCAGUCAACCUCUACCUGCUGCUCAUAUUUACUCUGCUGGAAGCAGUUUCUGUGGCCACAGCUCUGACCUUCUAUGAAUACUCCACCGUGCUGCAAGCCUUGUUCCUGACUUGUGCUGUGUUUGCUGGACUGACAGUCUACACCUUGCAGUCCAAGAGAGACUUCAGCAAAAUGGGAGCAGGGCUGUUCGCCUGCCUGUGGAUCCUCCUCAUUGCAAGCUUCAUGAGGCUCUUCUUCAACAGUGACGGCACCGAGCUGGUCAUGGCCGGAGCCGGGGCCCUGGUCUUCUGCGGCUUCAUCAUCUAUGACACCCACCUGCUGAUGAAGCAGCUCUCCCCCGAGGAGCACAUCCUGGCCUCCAUCAACCUCUACCUGGACAUUGUCAACCUCUUCCUGCACAUCCUGCGUCUCCUGGACUCCAUGAAGAAGCACUGAAAGCCGUAGGGACCGCUUCAGACUCGGCUCAGUGGGAGCCCGCGCUGUGAUUACCCAGGGUUCAUGUGAGUUUCUGUCCUGAAGUUGACCAAAUCUGGGCUGUACCGAAUGUCUUUAUGUUCAUUUUUAUUUUUUUUUUUACCUUCGAAGCUUCUAUUGAGGUUUUCAAUUGAAGCUUUGAAUGUUUGUCGUCAUAUUUUAGGAUGUCAUCACACCAAAAAAAUCGUCAAUUAGAAUAAAAUGAUACAACGGAUCGUUUUUUUAUUAUAGUGUUAGAGCUGAAAUAGAUUUUAUGAUUGCUGCGAGCUCCCCCCCCCCAUUAAUACAGCUGUUGCAGUGAAAAUGUUGUUUUUGAAAGUUCUAAAAGCCAACAAAUAUGGAUUGAAGCAGAAUAUUUAGUCAGAUAACUACAUGUUUCCAACGCUCUAGAGUGGAAAUGUUUGGAUAACCUGAGUCGGAUACGAUCCUAUGCAGCCACUACUGGAAUAUUAAUUCUGCAAAUAGUAUAGGCUAAUACUAAUAAUAUUAGUGUAGUCUAACCUUUUAUCUGGUUCAAACAGAAUGAAUAGAUAUGCCAAAAA